GUUGUUUUUUUUCUCGGCAGUCCGAUUAGAGACACAUGGCUUUUAAAAAACAAAUUUAAUUGUUACUCCCGAAAUCACAAUCGCAAUCAGUGACCACUUAAUUAGUAAAUUAUUAGCGGCGCUGAUUGCGUAUAAUGACAUUGGAAUAAAAAAAUACCGGUAAAAAAUGGAGCAAUUGUGUCCGUUAUGCCAAAAAACGGGGGUGGUCAGUAGAUUAUCUAAUUACCCGUUAAAUGAGAGUGAAGAUAUUGAGAUGUGCGAAAACGAAAAGUGUGUAUGGCCGUUUGGCCACGAGGCAUUCAAAUUCAUCCCCAAAAUCGACGAGGACCUGAAAGAAAUAGUGGAAACAAGUAAAAAUCUUCCCGUCAUACCCAUCUCUACAGAGUUGUCACUAUAUACCCCGCCAGUGACGCCGGUGGACAACCAGGAGGCCAAAACUGACGUCAAAGGUAUCACGGACUCGUACGCAUCACCGGCGACUAUCAUCAAGGACAUCCAAGUGUCGGGCAGUCCUUCUCCGAGUAUCUUCGACAUCGACUCGCCGGAAAAAAAUCUAACAUCACGUUCGACUCAAAGCUGUGAUAAAAAACUAGUAUUUAAAAGCAAUUUCCCUGGAGCUGGUGCGAAGAAAAAGUCCCUGCCGAUUGUCACGAACACUGAGACAGUCACCUCAAUGAGGAUACUGAAAAGAGUACCGAUGAAGAAGAUGGUACUGAAAAAAGUAAUUAAGCCAGUUAUUAAUAAUGUAAAUAAAAAUAUUUCAACGGUGCCUUUUAAUCACGAGAAUAGUUUAGAACUGCCAAAGAGUAUCUCGGUCUCGGAGAAUAAAUUAGACCCGGGAGAGGUUGAGGUGAAGGCUGAGGAUAAAGAUCAGAAUUUCACCCUUGACUUGCAGGAUAUUUCUUUUGAUGAGAGUUUUAUCAAGCAGGAUAAUAAUUUCGAAAGUAUUAUACCCGAGCUUGACUCUGGUGACUUAAACCAGCAGAUGGACGUUGAUGAUUGGUUAAACUCGUUAAUCUUGUAAAUAAAUUUUUAUUGUUAAGUAUUAAGUCAUUUAUUAAUUUGAUACUAAGUAUUAAAAGGCUUAAAAUUAA